CCCCGAAACCGCAUGCUCGUGGCUUAAGUUCGGUUUUCUAACGAGAUUUUUAGAGUAAAUCCGACUAGAGUAAGCUAUGAAUGAAGUGGGCAGCAGUAUCACAUCGAACCAUAUUAAAAUGGAACACGACAAGCACAAGCAGCUGUGGGAAACUUCAGUGGAAUUCCUCGCGAAACAGAUAGGGUUCGCGCAAGUUAUUCAGCAAGCGAUGCUAGCGAAGACCAAGCGCAUGGGAGGAACGAUUUUCAACGAAAAAGACACGGUCGCUAACAAAUUGAUUCGUGAGCGUUUCAAAGCCGCACAUGAGGAGCUUCUUCAAAUGAGCAAAUCGGUUCAAUCCUUUGUUUGCGACUGGCAAAUGCUGCUGAUCGACGAUGUAGAGGAAUCCGCUGAAGAACCCAUCACCGAUAUCCAAGCGCCAACCGGUGACGCUGAUCCCGAUUUCAUCAAGCCGGUUACAAACUAUGAACCCGAUCAAAUAAUGGAACUACUCGUUACCUCUAUUUCGGAGACACUGCCCGGCUCGUUCUAUGCUUUAAAUAUUGCACAAGAACGCGUUUUCAGCUUGUUCUCAACCAUGCAAGAGAACAUGGAUCAUUCGUUACAGAGGAUUCCAGUAUCAGCAGGUAAAGUGUUUGUCGUUAUGCUGGAUGGCCUCUGGUUCCGUGCAGUCUGCAUAGCCGCGUCCUCCGUCGGGAUCAACGAUGGAAGAAACGAGUGUUUUGCGAUUUAUCUCAUAGAUACCGGAGAAACGUUUCCGUACGAUGAAAAUUUGAAAUUUGCGCGAGUUCCGGCCUCGUUUCGCGAUGUUCCCGCAGCAGCCAUCAAAUGUGUCUUAGAUUCGGAACCAAACGAUUCAGAAUCGUUGGAAAAAUGCAAACGACAGUUGUUCCGUGUGGUUCGUGUUGAAAGCAACGAUGUGCUGAGGGUGAGAUUUGUGGAGAAAAAAGACACCCCAGAAGAGCGGAAUCCAUUGCAGAAUCCUUCGGAAGAAGAGCUCAAAAUCUGGAACUCCAUACCCGAAAGCACAACCAAUGCCACGAAGGCACUACUGGGUUACGUGCCGCAGGAUGAUGUAAAGAUCUGUAAAUACUACAAUCCCCAGACCAAGCAGUGCUUCAAAGGGAGCAACUGUAGACAGCGCCACGUAGAAUUGGAUGAAAAUGGGUGGACGCUUGACCGGGACGAAGUUCCUGUAGAAGUGAGGGCACAGAUGGAGAUGCCAGCACUCUCAAGCCUAGUGAAGCUGAUGCCAACGUUCGUGGUCGACGUGGAUUUGUUCUACGCCCAUGUAAUACCGGAUAGCGGAGGUGCUUGUUCCGUCAUCGCCCAGCUGCAGCACGACAUGAAUAGCCAGGACACGGUAGUGCAAUACAAGAUGUUCAGGCGUAUGCCAUGUGUCGGUGAGAUGGUGCUGGCCAUGUUCGAGGAAGCUUGGUACAGGGCAAAGGUUAUCGAAAUUUUCGAAGACACGGCCACAGUAUUUUACGUCGACUACGGAAAUGCGGCGACAGUACACCUGAGCGAGCUACGAGUUUGGGAGAAAUCCUUCAGCUACGUGCCCGCUCAGGCUGUAAUCUGCCAAAUUGCCAAUGCCUGCUCUGUGAAGCCCGGUCACAUCGAAGCAAUCGAGCAGCUGCACAAAGUACUUAUUGAUCAAGAAAUCGAUGCCCUAAUCAUCGACAACAAAACCCCCUGGCAGGUUCAAAUAUUUGACGCUGAAGGAUUCGACAUUGGCGAAGGUUUGAUUCUCACCCACCUGGCUCUCCCCCGAAAACCGACCAAAUCUAAAGAAGGCACCCCAAUGCCCGGCUAAUGACACGUCCGCUUAUACGAAUGGAUAUCGUAUUUGAUGGAUUCACGAUGUUUUUUUACGAUUACGAACUAUGGUUUAUUAAAUGAUCGCAUACUGCUCGUAAAGCAGCUCUCGUA